CCACCAUCAAUCUCAGACUGAUCUGAAAUCGAUAAGAUAGCUACUGCACAAUCCAGCGCACUAUAAAACACGAUCGAUGUGGCCAAUUCCGGACACUGUGUCUAAUCCUCAUUGUCGUGCUUAAAAGAUGAUUCACGAAGCGAAAUUUCGUGUACUGGGGCUCGUUGCCCUGUUGGCCAUAGUCGGUUGUGCCACGGCACAAACCACCGUGGAUCCCUGCGUGGAAGCGGGAAAAACGGACGGAUUUCUACCCCACCCAACCAACUGCUCGCUGUACUUUGCCUGCUACGGCAACAAGGGCUACGAACAGGCCUGUCCCGAUGGCAAGUUUUUCGAUCCGGUGAAAAUUGUGUGCGAUGUGCCGGAAAAGGUUCAGUGCCAGAUUAACAAUUGUCCACCGGAAGGCAUCGAAUAUCUGCCAAUGCCCGGCUCGUGCGAUCAGUACAUCAUUUGCAUUGGUGGAGUGGCAUUCAAUCAAACCUGCGACACGGGUCUCUUUUUCGACCCAGUGCUCGGAGAGUGUAAUUAUGCGAAUUUAACCGAUUGCGUAGUGAAUCCCUGCGGACCACCAGCAGUUCCGCCCGUGCUGGAAAUUCAUCCGAAUCCUGCCAACUGUUCGCAGUACAUUAUUUGCGUGGAAGGUGAAGCGAAUAUACGAGACUGUGCUUCUGGUCUGUUCUUCGAUGUGGUGGCUGAAAAAUGCACGGUGGAUGGUGUAUGCACUGUCGAGACUCCGACGGAGAUUCCUGCCAGCAUGAAUGAAGCGGAACUGGACUUCUGGUAGACGGUAUUUGGUAGCACAAUGAGCUUAAUCUUUACGAAUGGUGUGGAUAAGCAAAUAAAGGUAGAUAGAUACCUUGGCUGCCUCAUAAUAGUGACGCAAAAUAAAACAGUUUAAUCUAACUGAAACGUC